UGCAGAUGAGAAUUUCCUCCAGACCAGUAGGGGGCGCCCUUCACAUUGUGUGGGACAAGCGGACCUAGUUGAACAGGAAGGAAGUUGGUAGGAGGAUACCUCGAGUGUAACGCCAGACUGUUUUGGGCGCUUCUUACGAAGAUCUGCAGCAAUGGUGAAGAUUUUUGUGGGGAACCUUCCCCAAGAAGCCACCGAGGAUGAAAUCAAGGAGCUGUUUGCCGAGUACGGCAAGGUCACCGAGUGCGCCAUCAUUAAAAACUUCGCCUUCGUCCACAUGGAGGACCGCAAGGCGGCCACCAAAGCCAUCAAGACCCUCCACCUGCACAAAAUGCACGGCACGCCGAUCAACGUCGAGGCCAGUCACGGGAAGAACCAGGGCCCGGUCAAGCUGCACGUCGCCAACGUGGAGAAGGGCUCCGAUGACGAGCUCCGCGCUCUGUUUGAAGAGUACGGCACGGUCACGGAGUGCGCUAUAGUCAAGAACUUUGCCUUUGUGCACAUGCCCAAUUAUGACGAGGCCAUGGAUGCGAUGAAGGGACUCGAUAAUGCAGAGUUUCAAGACAAACGCAUCCAUGUUCAGGUUUCUAAGAGUCGACCUAGAUAUGAAGAAGGCGAAGAGUACCCACCUCCUCCCCCAGACAGGGGGGGCUACUGGCCUCCCCACUACCCAGGAGAGCGACCCGAGCCUCCCCCACCCGGCUACAUGAGGCCUCGCCCCAUGCCCCCGGGUUACCCGGCUCCUCCGCUGCCGCCUCCUCCCCCCAGGCGGGCUGUUUAUCCAGAGCGGCCCUAUGAGGGUGAAAGGGAGAGAUACAAUAUGGUAGAUUACUAUGAGAAGUACAGAGCCCGUCCGUACGGCAUCCCCCCCUACGAACAGCACCGUGCUAUUCCCCCACCUCCUCCGCCCCCGCCCUCAGCUGUCGUUCGAGGUCGUCCUUUGAGCUCACCGCUUGAUCCAUACGAGCGUCGGCCCCUCCCGCCUCCCCCUCCGCCUCCCCCCUCAUCGUACUACGCCCGAGAUCGCAGCCCUAUCAGGAGGGCACCUAACACGCCGCUACCCCCUCCGCCCAGUAACGGCUAUGCCUACGAGCGCUCUCGGCUGUCUCCUGUUGCCCGGGUCCCUGCAUACGCAGUUCCACGUGCAAGGGACCCCUACGCAGACAGGCUGCCUCCACCUCCGCCUGCACGCUACUCAUAUUGAUAUUCCGUCAUGUGAAGGAAUUUUGUCCGACUGCGUCGGCGCACGCCACCUCCUGAUGCUCGUCCCUCUAUCCUCUCCAUCACUGCGGCUUGGCGCGUUGCGUAACCCUUCGAUGAUCACGGGAAGAACCACACUGGCGUCGUUGACGUCUCUUGCUGUUUUAACUUGGGACAGUUCUUAUUUUUACAGUUUUUUGUAGUGUUUUAAUUGCUUUGACGUCUCAGUUAGGCGUGGUAUGUUUUCUAUUACUUUAUUUUUUUGCACCGUUUCAGUAAUUACGAUUUUUUUUUUUUUUUACUCCCUGAAGCCUGAAUUUAUCUCUGCGACAUAAUUAUGGCAAAGCUUUAGACCUCAUACAGAUUUGUAGUCUGCACGGUUUUUCCAUCAUGUCGGUUAUCCAUCAAACUCUGAAGCGUUAAUGUGAAGGAUUGAGUCAGAUUAAUGCAGAGUGGUUCAAAAACGAUGCUGAUGCUGUUUCUAUAAAAGCCGAUUCAUGUAGUAGAUUUUUUUUCCUAAUUCGAUCAUCCCACUCAGCUCUAAUUCAUGACAGGACUUUAAACGUUUGAAAACAUACAAAAAUUAUUUGGUAAUGACAUAAUAAAUAGCUUUGUCAAGGUCGGUGUGUCGGUCAAAAA